UUUAAUCAUGAUCGCUCUUAAACUAAUGCAAGUUUUUUCCAUUUUCAUCAAUCUUUACGAUUAUGUUUUGAGUGAGGGUCCGGAAGCAGAAUGUUUUAUGCCAAGAUCAGCGCCAGAUGGUGCUCCUCUAGAAGCUUAUUUGUAUAACAAUGAGUAUGAAGGCUUACCCCUCACCCCUGAAAUAUGGGAAGAAAUUGAAAUACCAAGUUGUCAUGAUAUUCGUUUUGUUCUUCAUGGAUAUCAUCAAACCAGAUUGGACGUGAUGUCUAUAAUAAAAGAUACAAUAAUGUAUGAAACUGGAUACCAGGAUAGUAAUAUAAAUGGCGUUGUAUAUCAUCUUCAUUUUUCUUUACAGUUAUUAGAAAAUAGAGGAAAUUUAACUCAGAAAAACUUUAAGAAAAGAUCUAUAAUAUGA